CAAGUUUUUCAAUUGAAGUCCAAUCCUUUCUCUAAUUAAUGAGUUUGGUGAUUUAAGCCCACCAAAAUAACCUGCUUACCGGAUCAAUCAAAAAGACCAAAUAACCCUCCCUUGCUUUGCGCAGGAGCUCGAAAAAAACAAAUUAGAUGGGUUGCUAAGAAGAAACUCUAUAUAUUGUUUGGAGGAGGAUUGGAGGAAGGAAGGAGGAGGAAGGACUUGGACAACUAACCUUCUUUAAUUAGUGUCCACAAGCUUCCACACAUAGCGCACACAUAUAGUUGUAGUCAGUUCUGAAUUUUCACAAAGAUUGGGAAAAACUUCAUUAUUUUCAACAACCAGAUCUGGCUUGACUGGUGGUGGUGAAGCUGCUGCAUCCUACAACUAUGGCUGGCUUGCUAAAAGAAAGGCGAGGCCAUGGGGAAGAUUUUGACUAGUCACACUAUCAGAAUCUGGUUUCUGUAUCGAGAUCCAUUUUCCCGUUUUUGGGACCCUAAACUUAGUCACCAUUCUAUAACCAAACAAUCCCUCUGCAUCGAGCUUAUUAAUUACUACUAAACUUGUGACUACUCGUACAAACUACCCCCAUUAAUUCUCAAAUCAUCCUCCAUACUUAAAUUAUCACAUACUUUUUUCUACACAGUUCAAUCUUGCGCGCAGGAAAAAAGGAAACAGAAAUGAGCAAAGAUCCAGUAAGGGUUCUCGUCACUGGAGCUGCUGGGCAAAUUGGGUACGCAAUUGUCCCCAUGGUUGCAAGAGGAGUCAUGCUCGGCCCUGACCAGCCCGUAAUCCUUCACUUGCUCGACAUUGAGCCUGCUGCCGAGGCUCUCAAGGGUGUGCAGAUGGAACUGCUCGAUGCCGCUUUCCCGCUCCUCAAAGGUGUGGUGGCUACGACGGACGUGGUGGAAGCGUGCAAAGGAGUGAAGGUGGCGGUGAUGGUUGGCGGGUUCCCGAGGAAAGAAGGCAUGGAGCGGAAAGACGUGAUGUCGAAGAACGUUUCCAUCUACAAGGCGCAGGCCUCCGCGCUAGAAAAGAACGCGGCCCAGGGCUGCAAAGUCGUGGUGGUGGCGAACCCGGCCAACACCAACGCGCUCAUCCUCAAGGAGUUCGCGCCUUCCAUCCCGCCGGACAACAUCACAUGCCUCACCCGCCUCGACCACAACCGGGCGCUGGGACAGAUCGCGUGGAGGGUGAAGGCGCAGGUGAGCGACGUGAAGAACGUGAUCAUCUGGGGGAACCAUUCCUCCACCCAGUACCCGGACGUGAAUCAUGCCACGGUUCGAACAAGCUGCAACGGUGAGGAUAAAUCGGUGAGGGAGCUUGUGGGCGACGACCAGUGGCUGAACGGUGAUUUCAUCGCCACCGUCCAGCAACGCGGCGCGGCGAUCAUCAAGGCUCGCAAGUUGUCCAGCGCGCUCUCUGCUGCCAGCUCCGCUUGUGAUCACAUCAGGGAUUGGCUCCUUGGGACACCCAAGGGGACAUGGGUUUCAAUGGGAGUGUACUCGGAUGGAUCCUAUGGAGUUCCAGCGGGUCUUAUGUACUCCUUCCCUGUCACCUGCGACAAUGGGAACUGGUCCAUAGUCCAAGGAUUGCGGAUUGACGACUUCUCGAGGGAAAAGAUGGAUGCCACUGCAAAGGAGCUCAGUGAGGAGAAGGCAUUAGCCUACUCUUGUCUCGAUUGAUCUAAUGAAUUCCUUUCCUUUCUUGUAGUAACCACUCACUCCUUUUGGUACUCUUUAUCUUAGAGGAAUAAUAAGAUAGUUCACUUAGUUAGAUAGGGUCCUCUUCCGAUCCCACCUCUCUCGAGCUCUCUCCUAUGUAAUAAUCUAAAGCUCAUUCGCCAGCCCUCUUUAGCCUUCUAUAUCUAUAUACAUUUCGUAUAUUAUAUCAUAGAUAAUGAUUCACUAAAACUGGAUUUUAUAAUGACUAUAAGGCUGAGUAUGAUUAUCAUCAUCAUCAUCACAUUAUAUUACUUUCGAUGCCCGAACUAUGAUGUUUUCCCUAUUUCAACACUUGAAUUAAUUUCACUCCUAAUUUGAUCCUUAAUUUUUCUGCAAUUUUCUAACUUAGCGCUUUCUGUUCAUACAUGGUUAGACAACUGUUAAAUAUAUUAGGCAGAAUACACCUCCAUGGCCACAACUUUCAAAGUUUAUAACAGUUAUAACAACAACUUUUGGCCACAAAAUCCAAUCUCUUUCACAGAAGAUGCUCUCCCAAUCCCAUAUGCCAACUGUGUGGGGAUCAUCCAGUAGUGGCCCAACCGCCUGAGGGUUCAUUACUUAACAUCAUCCAUACAUUAAAAACAUACAUUCUCAUACAUAGCACAACGUGUGCCUCUACCUUAAGUAGGCGGUGGGAUGCCUCACACACAUAAUCGUGCAUUACUCAAAAUUAACUAAAUAAUAACUUGAAACGAAAAGCAUAAACUAAAAAGACCUCGACAGAGAUUUUACCCCCUUUACACUCACCUUGAAAAGAUGACUUCUCGAUUCCUUACUCGUAGCCGAAUUAUCUCAUGAAACCUAUUAAUAAGAGGCUCAUUUCCUUAAACGACCUUUCUCGAUUUUAAACCCCUUUUGAAAUACUAAAACGUCAUCUCCUCAAGAUCUAGUCCUCCAGCCUCAUCUAAAAGAUCCCUUAACCCCCUUUAAAAAUUUUCUAGAAAUAAUCCUUUCAAAACCAACCAUUUUUCCUAAUUAAUUUUGCAUUGGAUGAAUUUUUCACCUAACUUGUUCCUCCUUAAAAAUUUAGAUAAUAAACUUCUCUUGCCAACCAUGAGAACAUAUAUCCUGAAAAAUUAUCAAACCCUUCAAAAAACCUUGGCAUGAUUUUUAUUUAAUUAAAAUCAACAUUCAGCCAAUUUAUAAAAAUAGUAUUUCAUCUUCAAAAAUUCCCAAAUUAAAUCACAUGCAUCUCCUAUAACUACUUCAGUUUAUAAAAUUUCUAAAUCCAGAAUCAAUUACCUACAGAGGUUUAGUGACCGCUCAAAAUCUGUCACUAAAUGCCUGUAAAGUCCGUCACUAGAACCCAGAAUUGCACACUCAAGAAAAAUCACCAAAACCACCAAUCUAAAACGAAGGGAUCGAGUUUCCUUCAUGGAUUAGUGUGAAGGCCCUUACUGCCGAAAUUAGGCCCCCAGGAAUCAAUUUCAUCGUCCCCUUGAACAGAGAUGUGCCCUUGCCUUCAAUUUCGAGACUGACUUCCUUCGUAUAGCAAUCCACCUUCGCCCGGUUCUUGGACAACCAUUCCCUGGCAAAAUGACCCGGCUCGUUGCAGUAGUAGCAGACCCCUAAGUGUUGCUUGCACACCCCUGAGUGGUCUCGCUCGUACUGGUUGCAGGGAACCCUAUUGCUGAAAGUUCGACCGGGUCGAACUGAGCCGCUCUGGCUCUAAGUACCCCAAAAAGUAAAGAUGCCACUCGGCCUCCUCUUGAACUUACUAGAAUGACCAGCUCCCUCAGGCAUGCUAUUCGCCUUCCUCUUACUACCCUCUCGUUGCAUCCCUUCCGCAUGUGAGGUUGCCUCAUCCCUCUCUAUCCGGAGAGACGCCUGAUAAAUUAAAUUUCCUCCA